AUGACGAGAAGAAAAGCUGUCCAAGAGGUCACCUUUCAGGAUCCUGUAGGCGACGAUGAUGCCAAAGAGGAGCAGGAAAUCGCAAGCUCGCCUCCUCAGCCAGCAACCUUCAAGGGACGUCUUCAGAUGAGUGACUUCAUGUUCAAAUCAAACGAACCUUCAAGUAGCCAAACUUCCCCUAUACAAAGAUACCCGAGAUUCACAACUUCCACCACUUCGACCUCAACCUCAUCCACUUCAGCCGCCAAAACGAAGCGGACCAAAGAGCGAGAUGCUGAAGACAUAGAGAAAGAAAUUAGACCAAGGAAAAAGAGAGCACGCCAGGCCUCUGGAUAUGCGCCUCCCUCAACAUACGCGCAUCUCAAUGGCCUGCCAGAUGCCAUCGGCUCGAAUCUUCUCGUUCUCUUCAUCGGUCUAAACCCUGGUAUACAGACAGCACGAACAGGCCAUGCAUAUGCUCAUCCUUCCAACCUGUUUUGGAAACUCCUCUACUCAAGUGGCCUCACACCGCGUCUCUGUACUCCAACCGAAGAUCGUCAACUCCCUGAACUGUACUCCAUGGGAUUUACCAACAUUGUCGCCCGACCCAGUCGCAAUGGUUCUGAGCUUAGCAGGCAGGAGAUGGAUGAGGGGGUUGAAAUUCUUCACGAAAAGUGUCGCAAAUACCGUCCCGAGUCUGUAUGUGUAGUGGGUAAGAGUAUCUGGGAGAGUAUUUGGCGCGUUAGACAUGGCAAACCUGUUGGAAAGGCCUUCAAGUAUGGCUGGCAGGACGAAUCUGAGAACAUGGGUGUGAUCGAGGGCGAAUGGGACGGAUCUAAAGUGUUUGUGUCGAGCAGCACAAGUGGUCUUGCUGCUACGUUAUCACCAGCUGAAAAAGAACGUAUAUGGGCAGAAAUUGGAACAUGGGCUCAGAAAAGGCGAGCCGAGAGGGAGCUUGAGGCAAAAGAAGAGAGCAAAUAA